AUGAGAUCGCUUGCCUGGACUGGCCACCGCGCUGCUUCUUCCCUUCUGUUCGCGAGGAGUAGUACCCUCGUCCCCACUAGCAGCCGCCUCGUACGGCCCACACCGCCUCCUGCCAACCUCGUGCUCAAGUGCUCCUGGUCCAAGAGGCCGAACAAGAUGGACUUCCGCGUGGCGACGUACAAUAUCCUCUGCAGCCACCUGGCGGAGCCGACCCGGUUCCCUCAGUGCAGCCCUAGGAACUUGGAUGCUCCCACCCGGUUGAAGAGGGUCAAGCACAAGCUGGAUGCGGAGAUAUCGAAAGGGUCUGUGAUCUGCCUGCAAGAGGUGGGCAUCGGGUGGGCAGGCGACCUACACGUGUACUUCAUGGAUCGGGGGUACGCGUUCGUGACAGCACAUUACGGCAAGCACUUCAACAACUACAUGGGCGUGGCCCUGGCGUGGCCCCUGGACAAGUACGAGUGCCUCACCGUGGACACUACGCGGUUGUCCGACACUAGGAGGUGGGGCAGGGAACCUAGGCAGGAGCGGGAAGAGAAGGAAGCCAAGCAAGCGGCGGAGCCCCCGUCGACCCCGAUCGCGGAGAGGCGUUUCAACCAGGUGCUGUUCGCCCGCCUCCGCCCCAAGACGGGGGCGGCCGACUUGCCCAACGGGGGCACCUUCUGCAUAGGGACGUACCACAUGCCGUGCCUAUUCAACAUCCGGCCUGUGAUGGUCAUGCACACAUCGCUAGCCAUAAGGCACUUAGCCAAGCUGGCGGGACCUGAUCCGCUUGUGUUCGCGGGGGACUUCAACUUUAACCCUGACUCGGAUUGCUACAAACUUGCGGUUGAAGGCGACUUGCCUGAAAGCAGCGGCGACUUCCCGGUUCGGCCUGAGUGGGAGAAGGACUGGACGCCCAAGACUGGGGUUUGCCUCCAGAGCGCCUACAAGCAAGUGGAUGGGAAGGAGCCGGAUUUCACCAACAAUGCUAAGGUGGAGGACUGGGACCCGUUCAUCGACACCUUGGACUACAUUUUCCACACCCCUGGCAUCACCGCCGUCAAGGUGUUGCCCUUGAAGCACAGGAGCGAAGUCAACGGGCCGUUCCCCGUUUCCGAAGAACCUUCGGACCACGUCAUCCUCGCCGCUGAGUACAAGGUAGACCGUCCCGUCGCUGCCGAAGCUUGAAACCGCUAAGCAGUCGUGGCGGGGUGUAUGCGCCUUAGGUUGAUUUUAAUACUUGUGUCCCGCUGGUUGGUCAUGCGUGACGCGGUCAUCAGGGCUUGUUUCGAUUGCCGGAGAUUCGAGGUGUAAAGCUGUAGAGUGUUCGUGUUUGAGGAAAGUAGACUAACAAUCCCGUCGUUUUUAAGGUGGAGAGUAUCAUAUCGCGCCGUUUUGCGAGAUGCCGGAGUAUUGCGUAUGCCUGGAAUGUGUUGGAGUUAAUUGUUGAUGGUUUCGGAAUACGGUGUGCACAUAUGCAUGGAUCGGUCGAU